AUGGAUCGAAUGAUCAGAUAUUUUACGGUUUUUACUGCUAGUUUCCUUAUACUGAUACUGAUAUUGAUGCUCGUUAGGUUUCUCCACAAAGUAUGUUGGUUGCCUAUCCGUAUACAAUACAUGAUGAGAUCUCAAGGAAUAAAAGGCCCUUCUUAUAGAUUCCUCCAUGGAAACACCAAAGAGAUUUACGCGAUGCGAACACGAUCCAUGGGUCGACCCAUGGAUCAUCUAUCGCACGAAAUCUUUCCAAGGAUUCUACCUCAUGUUCACUCGUGGGUGAACUUAUACGGAAGGAAUUUCUUGAACUGGUAUGGUGCUGAAGCUCAACUGGUGGUUACAGAACCUCAGCUUAUUAAAGAAAUAUUGUACGAUAAAGACGGUGUUUACCCGAAGAUCGAUCUUGAAGGCCAUGCAAAGAAGCUGUUAGGAGACGGGCUUUCUUCGACGAAAGGGGAUAAGUGGACAAAGCUUCGAAAGAUCGCCAAUGGUGUCUUCCAUGGCGAGAGCUUAAAGAGCAUGAUUCCAGCAAUGAUUUCUAGCAGCGAAACGAUGCUCGAAAGGUGGAAAAAAGCAUACGACGGGAAAGAAAUCGAAGUAUUUCAAGAAUUCAGAGUAUUAACAUCGGAAGUCGUAUCCAAAACUGCGUUCGGAAGCAGUUAUUUAGAAGGGAAGAAAAUCUUCGAUAUGCUAAUCAAGUUAACGCUAAUUGUUUCAAGAAACGCACAUAAAAUUCGACUUCCUGGCAUCAGCGGGUUUUUUAAGAACGAUGAUGAUAUAGAGUCGGAGAAACUCGAGCUAGGAAUCAAAAAAUGCAUCGUUGAGAUCAUACAAAAGCGAGAGCAAGAAACGAGCAGUAGCGAUAGCAAAAAGGAUUUUCUUGGAGAACUGCUGGAAGCUUCUCGUGAUAACGAUGAAGAAAAACGGAUCUCGUUAGACGAUAUGGUGGACGAGUGCAAAACGUUGUAUUUCGCUGGCCACGAAACAACGACAUCGUUACUCGGAUGGACGGUUCUUCUUCUAGCCGUUCACAGCGAUUGGCAAGAAAAAGCACGAGACGAGGUGUUCGAGUUCUGUGGCAAAACAAACCCAACUCCAGAUUCGAUCACAAGACUCAAAACAAUGAGCAUGAUCGUUGAAGAAUCCUUAAGACUAUACCCGCCAGUUCCUGCAAUAAAAAGGAAAGUCAAGAAAGAAGUUCGAUUAGGAGCGAUGACCCUUCCGCGGAACAUGGAGCUCUAUAUUUCGCCAUUGGCGGUUCACCAUGACCCUAUAAUAUGGGGAUCCGAUGUUCAUCUGUUCAAGCCAGAGAGGUUUGAAGGGGGUAUAGCUAAAGCAACAAACAACACGCUUGCGGCAUUUUUGCCAUUUGGGUUCGGACCACGGACUUGUGUCGGGUUAAAUUUUGCACUCGUCGAAGCCAAGAUUGCACUUGUGAUGAUUCUACAAAGAUUUAAGUUUAAACUGUCGCCGAAUUAUGUUCAUUCUCCUGUUCAGCUUUUCAUGGUCAGACCCGAGCAUGGAGUUUCGAUCGUUCUUGAUGCUCUCUAAACAGAAAAGUUCAAUCCACAAAAACGAUCGAGAUCGAGUACAUGAUAUGAAUGUAUGAGUUUGUUUAUCAUUCAAAGAUUGGAAUUCGAAAG